GCACCGCCCUCUAGUUUAGUCGAGUUGUUGGAGUAAUUAAAAGGCCACCCCCACUCGCGCCACACUCUGGCCUCCCACUGCCCACAUGCGCGCACAGUCCACUCUCCACUCCUACCCAGCUGCUUUUCCGGCGAGCAGCAGAGCUGAGCUCCGUCGCCAGUAGCCUCAGACCAGCGCCGAACUCAACUAGCUAGCCGCCGCCACCGGUAGGUUAGGUCGCGCGCCAUGAGCAAGGAGAAGCACCACCGCGACUGGAUCCUCCGGCGCUGCUGCGGCGCCUUCUGCGCCUGCUUCCUCACGCUCGCCGCCGUGGUGGGCUUCAUCGUGCUCGUCAUCUACCUGGCGCUCCACCCCUCCAAGCCCUCCUUCUACCUCCAGGACGUGCAGCUCCGCUCCAUCGACCUCAGCGACCCCGCGCUCUCCCUCAACCUCCAGGUGACGAUCGCGUCGCGCAACCCGAACGAGCGCGUGGGCGUCUACUACAUGAGCCUGGACGCGUUCGCGACGUACCGGGACGAGCCGGUGACGGUGGCGGUGGCGCUGCCGGCCAUCUACCAGGGCCACAAGGACGCGUCGGUGUGGUCGCCGGUGCUGGCGGGGGAGUCGGUGCCGGUGUCGGGGGGCGCGGCGGACGCCAUGCGGCAGGACAUCGCGGCCGGGUACGUGCUGCUCCACGUCCGGGUGGAGGGGCGCGUCAAGUGGAAGGUCGGCAGCUGGGUCUCGGGCGGGUACCACCUCUCCGUCAACUGCCCCGCGCUGCUCGCCACCUCGGGCGGCGCCGCCGCCGGCGGGGCCUUCGCCUUCAGCGCCGCGGCCGGCGGCGCCGUCCCCGCCGGCGUCAACACCACAGUCUCGCUCAAGUUCACGCACCCCGCCGACUGCACCGUCGACGUGUGAUGCAUGACCUCUGACGACGGCCGGGCGACGGGCGUCCGUUCGCUCAGUCGCCGUUCGUGCGUACGAUGACCCGUCGCUCGCGCGUAGCUAUCGACGAUGCAGCAACCAGCAAUCUUGUAGCAGUUGAAAAUUAAUGUUCCUCUCCUUAAUUGUUAUUUCCCAACCCUUUUUUCCCCCGAACCUGUGCAGAAUAAAUUAUUAAAGCUAGUACUCUACAUGAACGCACUCUGUCUCGUAGAUUUGCAAUUUAUAAUCAUGUAAUAUUUCCAACGAAAUAGAAUUAAUUUAUUGUUGA